CCCUAUUAAACUCUUCCUAAACCCUAUCUUUAUUCUCAAAGCAAUUUCUCUUUUCCUGUACCUAAUAAUGUCAUCAUAAAUUUUUUCUCCCAAUUUAUUUUGUAAAAUGGAAUCGUUUCUACAAUUUUCUAGGUUGUUGCAAUGGCUGCCGUAAGAAUUGAUUUUGUUAAGGAAAUCAAUCCCUCUAAGGAAUCUUGGGACAUUGUUGUUCAGGUGAUUCGCUUAUGGUUUGUACCAGAUAUGAACUCGAAAGAAAAGUUUUUUGCAAUGGAGAUGGUUCUAAUGGAUGAGAAGGGUGACAAGAUUCAAGCUUCAGUUAGAAAAGCUCUGCUAUCUCGAUUUGAAAAUAAGAUACGUGAGGGAACAGUGUAUAAUUUCAAAUCUUUUAGUGUCGCCGCUAAUACCGGAGGAUAUAGGACCACAAAACAUCAAUUCAAGCUGAAUUUGCAGAAUGGCACGGUGGUUACAGAGAUGUUGUGGGAAUUCUGGCUUCGGUUGGACGUGAAAGAGUUUAUGAGAAGAAUCGUGCUACCCGAGAAAUGUUGUUGUGCUUGCACAGUAUUAGAUGUUGUGGGAAUUCUGGCUUCGGUUGGACGUGAAAGAGUUUAUGAGAAGAAUCGUGUAACUACUAAGUAUAAGGUUAUUGAGUUAGAGUCCAAUGGUAUGAAGCUUGAAUGCACACUUUUUGGGCCAUGUGUUGCCGAGCUUAAUGCAUACCUCCAAUCAGGCUACCCGGGAAAUGUUGUUGUGCUUGCACAGUAUUUCAAAGUCAAAAUGUAUAAUGGAAAAAUUCAGUUGCAGAAUGCAAUGAAUUGUACCAAGCUAAUGUUCAACCCAGAAAUUCCUGAGGCAAAUAGUUUCAAACUCAAUGAUAACAUUGGAUCACCCACUCAACCAUUCAGUUAUAUGAAGGAUUCUUCUGAUUUGAGUUUAGAAGAAGAGUUCUUAAAUUUGAGUCAGCGCAAGACAAUUGAGGAACUAAAAGACUGUCAAAAUGAAAUGGUUUGUGUUGUUUUAGGCACAAUCAAACAUGUUAUUGGUGGGAAUGAUUGGCGGUAUGCUGCACAUGCCUGCAACAGGGGAGUUGUUGCGGAUUCCAAAAGGUUAUCCUGCCCUAAAUGUAAUAAGCAUGUUUGGACCAUUGUGACAAGGUACCGUGUCAAACUUAGAGUGAUUGAUGAAACCGACUCUGCUACUUUCGUGCUUUUUGAUCAUGAUUGUUGUUUGCUGACAAAUAAGACAUGUUUUGAUUUGAUUGAGGAAAUAAAUCCUGAACUUGAGCCACCCAUUGUGCCUAAAGUCAUUGGUGAUUUGGUUGAACAAACUUUUAUUUUUAAGAUAGAUGUAAAGAAUGAUGUGAAUUCAAGCUUUGAGCAGUCAUUUCGCGUCAAAAAAGUUUGUGCCGACAAAGAUAUUGUCACUAAGUUCAAAUCUGUUGUUAAGAAUUCUGCGAGUUUUGAAGAUGAUUUGGCCGAUGGUGUUGUUCAGAGUGAGAUGGCUUCUAUGGUUGUUCAGGAUUUGAAUUCCAUAUCUUGAAACUAUUGCUAAUGGAUCAGAACAACUCAGCCAAUUCCAGAUUUAGGAGGAAGAUGUUAAUGAAAGACAAACAAUAUAAACGACAGCAGCGAGUCACAGAAAGAUUGAUAUAAUUGAGGGAAAUGGAUAGAGAUACAAUCACAUAUAUGAUGGUUGAAGCAUCGGUCUUGGAUGACUAAAAGACUUGAAGAAACUACAUUUUGUAGUCUGUUGGCAUGCAUCUUCUGUACUAUAAAAACCUUUGUUCCAUUUAUAAGGUUGAAUUAGUGGGUGAUUUGGGUGGGGGGUGUUAUUUUACGGUGAGAAAAUAAAUUGAUUGUUGAUGAUGGGAUGUUUGGCUUAGGUGUUUUGUGAAGAUA